GCCGCCGCGCCCGCAGCUGGCCUGACCGGCCCCGUGCCGAACCCUCGUCGGCGCCGCUCUCCGACGGCAGAGAGAGCCGCCCGAGCACCCUCUCCCCGUCGAAUCAAUCGUCGGCGCGCCGGCCUGCGUCGGUCUCGACGCGCGCGUGCGCCGCCGGCGACGCGAGAGCGACGGUCGCGGCGCGGCGGAGUCUGUUGUCUCCUGUCGCCCGGGACUGCCGCAGGCGAGAGCUGACCUCGCGCGCUGACCUGCCCGGAGGCACACGACCCGCGCGUGACCUCUGUGACCUCUACGGAGCGACCCGGCGGCGGCAGAGGGGCGGAGACUCAGCUGGCGACCAUGUCCAUCCAAAUGCAGCUCGGAGAGGACCACGAGGUUCUGAGUCGGGACGCCUUCUGCUCGGGCUACGUGGACAGCUUCGGCAAAUGGAACAACGGCUUCCCGUGCCCGAAGCUGGAGGAGGACGCCGUGUUCUGUUGCGGCACGUCCACGUACCGCUACUGCUGCACCACCAGGGACGAGGCCGACCCCUCCACCUACAGCGACAACAGUAUGCCGUUGGUGAUGGGCGUCGUGUUCGGCACCAUCAUCACCGUCAUCCUCGUCAUCACGGCCAUCUGCAUCUUCUGGAAGUCCUGCCGCUCCUACAAGAAACGGAGAGCCGAUGGAGGACCUAUGUACCGGAUGCACUCGUCAUCGACGGGCAGCGGCGUGGCCAACAUGUACAGCUACUCGACGGGCUCUCUGGGGAGGCUGGACAGCCGCGGCGGCAUGCUGACGGACGACGAGGACGUGCUGCAGGAGGUGGAUGAGGUGGCCGUGACGCACCCCUGUCGGGUCAGCACCAUCAGCACGGUGCCACGCAGCUUCACCUCAGACCGCUGCAACAGAGUCUCGUUCGCCGACUCUGUGGGUAACAGUUCCAUCUCGACUGCCACUGACAACGAACGACAGCUGUUCAUCGAGCAGUCGGGCGCACCGCCGCCCUACAAGCACGCCGACUACCUGGAGCCCGAGCAGCAGCGCAUCAUGACCUUUCCGCGCUCCUUCUCGGCUGGCCAGCCGCGCGAGCUCGACGUCGGGCACUACCAGGUGCCCCGCUCGCCAAACGACGACACCCUCUACCGCUCGACCAAAUUCUGAAAACCGCCCUCACAUUCGGACACUGCCGGCGGCAGGCGCUGGCCGCCGGCAGCGGUGCGUGCUCUUGGCGCCGCGCGCGAGGAACCAGAUGUGCAGCCGCGCGGACGGUGCAGGGCGCAUGCGCGGCUCCAGCGGGGUGUUCGCGGCAGUGGGGGUCGCUGAGAGUGCGGCGGCAGGCGCGGCGCGCGAGGCACCGGACGCGCGCGCCCGACCGGGACUGGCUGUGAUAUACGGAAUGAGGUGUGUCGGACUGAUUACGGGCGGGACUCGGCAGUGACGGGAGCGGCGAUAGAGGACCGGCGGACCGCAGCCAUGGCCGUGCAGAGGGGACUCGGCGACGAUCACGAAGGUGAGUGACACCGAGCCCAUUUUUCGAUUGUGAAUUAUUUGUUGUUUCUAUUGAUAUUGCCCAAAGAUGCCUUGACUAUUGUAUCCUCAUGUAUUUUUUUUUUGUGUAAACAGACCAUUAUUGUACCUAACCCCAUACCUUAUUUGUUAUUUUUCUCAUUUCAUUGUUACUACACGAGCAAUUGCAAUUACGAACUAUAAUUGCCCGUAAUUCUUACACAAUUAUUAUGCAAGCAACACAUAUGAUUGCAGCCCUUUAUUCACUAUAUACAUUUACGUUGAACGGUUGAAGGCUUCGCUGCGCUAAUUCUAGAAAAGUUGUCGAAGAUCAUUUUUUAACUUAAAGAUUUUGAGUGCAAUAGAAUAAAAUAUUUUAUUCUUAAUUGCCACUUAAUCCUGAUGACAUGCUUCGUUAACUUGUAAGAAAUUGAAAAUUUAUAUUUCUGGACGCCGAGUCCGGCCGAUUCAUUUCCAGACUGGGUCGAAUUAUCUCUCGUUAUCGCUGUUUCUGCACUCGGCCUGCACGGCUGGGCUAAUUUCACGCUGUUUGGACCUGGACUAACAUGCCGGGCUGGUGGUCAUGUCUGGAGCGGGGCCGCUGCUCCCUUGGGGCUCUGCUACCCGGGAUCGGAGAAAAACGCUGCGCCGCGCAGUGGCCCACUGCCAGAGGGGCUCUGAUUUCAGCGGCACAGCGGCAGCCGACCGCGGGCAAAGCCACAGCAACGGACCUCCGCUCGCUGGAAAAUGGAAACAUGAGGAUAUGUUGGCGAUAUUGUUGCCUUGUUGACACGAAGGUAGUCGUCAGUUCGGUAGAUUUUUGGGUAGCGGGUGAUUUAUGUUCUCAUAUGUCAAGCACCUGUCAAUCAUAUAUUCAUGAAACAAGUAGCUUGGACAAACUUUUUCGUCAAAAGAGAAGACGCUUGUGGAAGCUUAAAGAAAACCUCAAGGAUCCCUGUUUCCAAUGCCAUUGAAAUAAUUAGCAUGGCGUUGCAUUAAUUUAUACAAUGCCUUGUUAUCUACAUAAAUGUAAUUGUUGAUUAGCACGUAUGAUGUUGUAAAUUGCAUUUGAGUAACUUCAAACCAUAUGUGGUUGACAUUACUUCUACAAACCCUAUUAUUAGUUAGUAGUUACCUAAAAGUAACAUGUGGAAAUCCCUUACAUGUUAUGUCUUCAAAAAAAAAAAAAAAAAAUAGUACGAUUAAUUUUGCUCAGUCAUAUGACUUUUGACUUGAUAACAAACGUCUGACCCCAUUACACAAAUAGAUAGCGGUGUAACCCCGUAACUUCAGAGCUAAUCAGUGCGGUAGUUGAUGCGUUGAGACAGAUUAAGACCGUUUGCGGUCCUCCCUACACUAAGAAAUUAAUGACCGCAACUUGAUGAAUGGUUACGUGACUCUCAGUGCUAAACGGGACGGCUUAAUGUGAAAAAUGUCGCGCCAGUUUACCAGUUAAACGCAGCCGAUGUGCAUAUGAUGGAUGGAUUAGUGUCGUUAUCUUAGGCAGACACCGAACCAAAGCCAGACUGGUCUGAGGGCGAUCAUCGGGGAUGAUUGAAAUGAUGAGCUGCUAGUUAGGACAGAAGUGGGGUAUCUGUGCCGUGGUGAAGCGCGAAUUUUGUGGGCGAUUGAAUUGGCUCAAGAGAGAAAAUGAAGUGCAGUGUAUUUAAGGCUGAUGUGGGUGGUUGAAGUCUAACAUUAUGUCCUUUAAAAUUUCACCGUAAUCUCGUUGAAACUGUUUUUGCCACCCUGCUGGGUGUGCAUAAUGUGCGGUGCAGGGCCUGGUGCGAGAGUUUCGGAAUGUGCCCAAGCUUCCAUGGAAACACCCAGCUAAAAGCAUUUCGUGAUGUCCACUAAACAAGUCUAAACGUCACA